UUUUUUUUUUUUAAAGGGUGAACAAUUAUCAACCAUGAGAAGCUCAUCAUCCGCAUUCGCCUUAGUUCUCCUACUCAUUUGUCUCAUCCACGGGAACGAGGUCGUGGCAGAAAGUUAUAAGAAGCUCUGCCAUUUUACUAAUGUCAAAGCGAGCAGCAUGGACGGGUGCACUCGCCAAUCAUGCAACGACGCAUGCCAAGAGAGAUUUGGGCAAUUUGUUCUUGGGUGGUGUGAUUGGAUGGUCUUUUGCUUCUGCUACAAGCCCUGUGGCUGAUAUUCAUUAAGUGAUCAUAUGUAGCUAGAGCUAGCUAGCUAGAAUAAUGUUCAUAAACAGCUAUCUAGUCGAUCAUGAG